GUGUGGCCAUUACCGACGGGCCCGAUUGCUAGUGCGGGGGGCCCGGGCGGCGGUUUUUGCCGUUAGCCGGACGCCCCCCCGCUCCCUCGCGCAAGCGGGCGGGCCCUUCGUGUUUUGUGCCGGCCCGCCCCGCCCUGGCCUGCCUUCCCCGCGCGCCAUCGAUCCAAACGGAGCCGGCGCCCUGUUGCCUGCGUGCCUGCGCCCCCCUGUGCCGCCCUCUCUGCCUGUGGCGUGCCUGCGCGGCUUUUUUUUUUGGUGUCGGCCGGCAUCCUUUGCGCCCCUCUUUGUCUUUGGGAGGGCGAGACUGAUGCCGCGCCGGCGCCGCGUCCACACGGUGCCUGCUCGCGGCAGCAUUGUCGAUUUUAGUUGUCGGCGGGAGCAGCCGUGCGUUGGCUGCUCACAUUUUUUCCAUUUGAUCUCUUUUCGGUGGCCGGCAUCGUCGGGCUGGUUGGUAGCACAUGGGCAAGUCCAUUCGCUUCAAGGGUUGCAGUGCCCGGUGUCAGAUUUGACUUGGGACUGCAUUGAAAAACCGGUUGCGCCACCACGUGUGGUGUUAUUCUCGCACCGAAGCAAUUCCGAAGGAUCAU